AUGAUCCGCUUUGCUCUCUUUUCCAUCGUCCUUUGGCAGGCAGCUGCCGAUGACCACAAGCCGUCUGAAGAGAGCAUCUUGCCGACGAAGCCUCCACAGCCACCGACUGACAACGGCGAUCAUGAGGAUUUCUUUCAAAUGCUUCAUUACCUAUUCCACCACGGUAUGGGUGGUGUCCAUAGCGAGGCCGCGGACUUCAUGCCGAGUGCCGUUGGCGAUAUUACUGAUAUUAUGCCGGGUGACUUCUUUGAUACCCGGAAGACUACCAAGUUUGGGGUUUACUCGGGUGACUUCAAAUUGGACGAAUAUGACAGCGUCGCCACCGACGUGACGGUUUACGCCAAGACGAAAGAGUACAACGUCAACGAUGAGGACUUCCGUUAUCUCACCGUUGGUGUCCACGGAGGCACCUUUGGGCAUUGGUUUGGUUACUACCCGACCGUGAAGAUGUACAAUGGUGUCGGCAAUGCGUACAUCAGCGCCUAUUACUUCCGUCCUCUUCCUGUCGAACCUGACAUGAUGACUGGAAAUCAUUCA